AGUGAGGAGACUGGAGCGCCCGCGUGUUUUGGGAGAGUGCGCUACCAUCAGCCGUCCAACGACAACCUCACGCUCCCAAACAUUGUCGCGGUCCUGCCACGCCAGGUCAGCGGCGGAGGAAAAUAUCAGUGACGUUACCCCCAUCCCACCCACCACCCCACCUUAGUUGAGUAGGGCGGCGGGAUACUGCCGUUGGGUUGCUGAGGGCCAAUCGCAGCGCGCCGUCGGACGUCGCCGUAGGUUGUUGGCCAAUUGGGAGCCGAGGUCCCGCUGUCAAUCAGGUGGGAUUGCGUUGAGUGGGCGGGACGUUCACUGGGCUGUAGUUCCGUCAUCCCGCUCAUCUCCGGGGCUACAGGGGGCCAAUGUUGAUUUGGGCGAAUUGGCGUCCAUAUAGGAGGACAUUGGAUUUGAAAACGCCUCAGUUUGCUCGCGCGAAGGCUUUCGACCGAGAAUACCGCAUCCCCGCCCGACCAGUUACUGUGUUUUUCGGGGAGGCUGGGGUGAAGGUGGGAAGCCAGGGGGCCUCCAUCGGAGGGGGCUGCGAGGAGGCAUAGGAGAAGACUGGCCAACAGCGCCCAGCAGCGACCCGGGAUCUGACGCUCGGCGAGCGAGCGGCAUCGGCAGCGGACAGCCUGUUCAAGAUCAACACCGUGCUUUGAUUGAGGAAAUAUUUUGUAGUCCUAACCGAGCUCAGACCUGCUCGGCGGAGCCUGAGAGCGACUGAUUGUUUGUUGACAGGUUGUCAUCAUGGGCAACGCGCCCACGGCCAGGAAGGGCAGCGAGAUGGAAAGCGUAAAGGAGUUCCUUGCUAAAGCCAAAGAGGACUUCCUGAAGAAGUGGGAGAGCCCUGAACAGAACACUGCUUGCCUGGAGCAGUUUGAGAGGUUGAAAACUCUGGGCACGGGCUCAUUUGGUCGCGUUAUGCUGGUGAGGCACAGAGAAACAGGACAGCAUUACGCCAUGAAGAUCCUCAACAAGCAGAAGGUGGUGAAGCUCAAGCAGAUUGAGCACACUCUUAAUGAAAAGAGAAUUCUUCAAGCUGUUAACUUUCCUUUUCUCGUACGGUUAGAGUACUCAUUCAAGGACAGCACUAACCUCUACAUGGUGAUGGAAUAUGUGCCAGGCGGAGAGAUGUUCUCCCAUCUACGGAGAAUUGGCAGAUUUAGUGAACCUCAUGCUCGGUUCUACGCUGCACAAAUUGUUCUGACCUUCGAAUACCUGCAUGCUUUGGACCUGAUCUAUAGAGAUCUGAAACCGGAAAACCUGCUCAUAGACCAACAGGGAUACAUACAGGUGACAGAUUUUGGCUUUGCCAAACGUGUAAAGGGCAGGACUUGGACACUGUGUGGCACGCCAGAAUAUCUUGCCCCUGAAAUCAUCCUCAGCAAGGGAUAUAACAAGGCAGUGGACUGGUGGGCGCUGGGCGUACUGGUCUAUGAGAUGGCAGCUGGGUACCCCCCUUUCUUUGCUGACCAGCCUAUUCAGAUCUACGAGAAGAUUGUAUCAGGGAAGGUGCGUUUCCCGUCUCACUUCAGCUCUGACCUGAAGGAUCUCCUGAGGAACCUGCUACAGGUUGAUCUUACCAAACGCUAUGGGAACCUCAAGAACGGGGUCAACGACAUUAAGGGACACAAGUGGUUUUCAACUACUGACUGGAUUGCCAUUUACCAGAAAAAAGUGGAAGCUCCAUUCGUCCCCAAGUUUAAGGGGCCAGGCGACACCAGCAACUUUGACGACUACGAGGAGGAGGAGAUCCGCAUUUCCUUCAAUGAGAAAUGUGCCAAGGAGUUUGCUGAGUUCUAGAGUUAGUGCGCGAGUGAAUGAGGGAGGGAUUCAAUAAGGAAGCUGGGGGAGACAGAGCUAAGCUGGUCAAGUGGGAGAUGUAAGGAGGAGCGUACCAUCUCCUCUCACAAUCACAAGCACCAGCUGCAAGAAGAGGGAAAGGGGAUCAAGCAAGGAGACUGAUAACCAGCAGUGUUGCCUUUUUCUGUUCUAAUUUCUUUAUGAUUCUGUCUCAUUUAUGGAUCCCUUUAUAAUGAAGGUGUGCUUCAGAUUCAUGGCUUGGGGAACCCCUCUUGUUUAGAGUCGCCUCUACACAGUUUACUCCCUGCUGGUAUGAUUUCAUCCUUCACGUUUGGAGCCCAAGAGAGGCAAAUUCCUUUGUUAGAGUCAACUGGUCCAUCUGUUCGUCAAAUGUGAAGACCACUGGAACUGGACCAGCAAAAGUCUGCACUGAUUUUUUUAAAUUCACAUUGAUAAUUGGUUGGCUUGCGCUUCCUCUGGUGAGCAACAGAAGUUUUAAAGUAAAUGCUCAAAGCAGACACACAGAGAUACACGUUCAGCUUGAAAGGCUUCGGUAUUGCAACUUUAUUUUUUGUCAAGUAACUCCAUCCCCCAUGUUGUAGACAGCAUACGUCAAGUCACCAAUGUGAUUGGACGAUAGACAGACAGAAGUCACUCUUGAUGACUCUGUGUGUGUGUCAGUAUUUAUUGUCAUUGCAACUUGACAACUUUGUCCAUCUCCACGGCACCAACUUAUAAAUGUUUAAAUGUGUCUCCAGUGAUAUCAUGUGACGCUAACUAACACAAUGACGCGGACAAAGGAAAGGACAAGCACGGUUUCAAUGGUGUGAAGGAACACAUCAUGUUACAUAAUGGUAUCUCAGGUUUGAACAUAUCACUCAAUGGGGACAUUGGAUAUUUUUAUCCAAUGGAAACAUGGAAAUGGAAAUGUUAAUUUCUGGGAAGAAUUCAAAGGAACUAAAGGGAAUUUUUAGAUAUUUGAUUAGUGUCUUCCACGUUUUUGCCCUUCCAUUUGGUUUUGUGACUGGACAAAAGCCUGUGCUGUCUGCGCUCAGAUCUCACCUACUCUGCAUGUUUUUGUCCUGAAAGAGACCAUCUGAGGCAGACUACCUCAAACUGCUUCUGGAUUACCAGAGCACUUUGAUCUGUCAUUGAUGCUGGUCUUAUUUGUGUCCUUUAAAAAAAAUGUGUUUAAAUAUCCCAAUACUCAGCUCAUUCCUCUUGUCAUUUAAAAUGUUGAACUACAUUAAUCAUAUGGCAAAUUUAGCCCAUCACGUUUUUUUUUUUUUUUUUUUUUUUUUUUUUUUUUUUUUUUAAAAGUGUUUUAUUCCAUAUGGUGGUGAUGUAAAAAAAGAAAAUGACAUACCAUUGAACUGGCCUGGAAAAGGGAGCGCAUCUGCAGCUAGAUCUUGGAGUGGCUAACAUGGUUCGUGCACUGUAUACUCUUUAACCGACAUGAUACAUGUGGUCAAUGCCUCCUUUAGAUAUGAUGGCAAGCGUUUUGACAUCUCAGUGGUGUUCUUUUUAACAUCUUGCCAUUCAAGAAUUCUAAAACUAAAGUUGUAUUGAUUGCUUUCAGACAGUAAAGCCUUUGAGUAUCAUUUUAUAGCUACAUUUUAAUGCACCACCAUUCAAUGGUUCUCAUAACAAUAUAGUAGGAUUUCAUAUUAAAAGUUCAGUCUGCAGUAGUUUAUAAAAAGUUUCAGUUUUUUUUAUUUUUUUAUUUAACCAUGAAUGUUAUGGAAAAUGAAGGGGGCUAUUGGUAGUAGCAGUUCACAUAGCAGACUUUCGUACAGCUGGUGUGGGCUCAAUGCCCCAUUCACAAUUGCUCUGUCAUGACUUCAUUCUAAGUCUUGGCCCCAGUUGCCCCAGGAUUCAUUUCAUAUUCUCUGCAUGAUGACUCGAAUGCGAUGGCCCCAGGUUUAGUGCAGGAUAUUCGGAUACAAAACUUUUAUUUCAGAACUUCCUCAGCGCAAACUAAGCUGCACCAAUUUAGUACACCCCUUUUUGUCUUUCUGUCCAUUUCUUUUAAUAGCAGGCUCCAUACCCAAGCUAAGACAUAAGAACAAUACAACGAAAGUGACCUUUGAGCGUUUGCAUUCUAAAGACCAACAAGAGACCCCUUGAGAAUGACAUGAUACAGCUAAAUGGGUUUAUCCUAAUGAAAUGUAACAUAACGGAUGCUAAUCUAACAAUACAAUCAAACAACAAAUGCUCACCUACUGAGCAGUGUUUCUUCUCUUAUAAAGUGAGGUGAAAUGGUUGAUUAAUCAAUCUGGGCUGAGGUCUAAUACACAUUGUCACAUUAGAUGGAUCAUGAUUAUUCUUAUUAUUUGAUACUGUUGUGCCACUUGUCAAGACUUCACAAUUGCUGUAUCCCAGCCACGUCCGAUUCAAUGUUGACUAACAUGGAUAAAAUGAAAUUUGAGGUGAUGAUACAACAGUUUGAUGUGUCUCAUCGAUGUUUCUGUAGUGACACUUCCCUUCGAAGCAGGUACUAUGCUGAUAUAUGUUGUCACACUUUUUGGGAAAUGAGAGACCCCAGUGUGAACGAUGUUAACCCCCACCACACAUACAAUACAGCAUAAAACACAGACACACACACACAGCAAAGGGAAGUCACAGCAGCAGUGACAUAAAAACAUGAGUGUAAUAUUUUGCAACAUGAAUAUCAUUCCAAUAAAGUUUUACUUGUAAAAUCA